UCCUCUUUAUCGGACGACACUCGCAACUCUCUCGGGUUUUCUUCUAAUUUGUACAGAGAAAGCGAAGAAGCAGAAAGAAGAAGAGAACCUUCCCAACCUUGUUGCUAGACUUUGAAUUAUCUUCAUCGGCUUUGUCUCCUUUCAGCCAAGCUACGACCUUACUUACGACCCUAGCGUCAUUCGUCGACCCCUCCAUACCCCGCCAUCCAACCCUCACCAUGGCCAGCGAGCAUGAAUACACCCUCGAGCAGGUCAAGACCACUCGGGUCGCCUCCGAUGAAAUUGACAAGACCUUCCGCUCAAGCAGCAUUGAUUUGAUCUCUGCUGCCCUGGGCGGAAAGAUUCUCGCCUUUUCGGAUGAGUGGUUUGCCGAGGCCUCUAACCUGUUGACGCCCACCCCUCCCAUCAGACAACCGGGCAAGAUGGUCUACACCGGCGCCUGGUAUGACGGCUGGGAAACGAGACGCCACAACACUGAGCCCUUUGACUGGGUUAUUGUCCGCCUUGGCGUCGCUUCUGGGACUGUCGAUGGAGUUGAGGUCGACACGGCCUUUUUCUCCGGCAACCACGCUCCCUCUAUCUCGGUCGAGGGCUGCUUUAACCUCGACGACGACGAGGUCAUCUCGUGGAAGGGCGGUAGAGGACAGUGGGAGACUAUCCUCGGCAACGAGGAAUGCGGUCCCUCCCAGCGCUUCGGAUGGAAGUUGGCCGAACCUAAGAAGAAGCAGUAUACCCACGUUCGUCUCAACAUGUACCCGGACGGAGGCAUUGCACGAUUCCGUCUAUUCGGCCACGCCGUGCCCGUCUUUCCCGAUGAUAAAGAUGCCAUUUUCGACCUGGCCGCAGCCCAGAAUGGUGGUGUCGCCAUCUCGUGUAGCGACCAGCACUUUGGCACUAAGGACAACCUUCUGCUGCCGGGCCGCGGCAAGGAUAUGGGUGAUGGUUGGGAGACGGCGAGGUCGCGGACCAAGAACCACGUCGACUGGACGAUCGUCCGCCUUGGGGCUCCGGGUUUCGUACAGAACGUCGUCGUGGACACGGCGCACUUCCGCGGCAACUUCCCGCAAAAGGUCAAGAUUGACGCCCUCUCAUGGGUCGACAGCGGUGAGCCAGGCGCGGAUGCCGCCGGCUGGACGGAAAUCGUAGCUCCGAGCAAGUGCGGUCCGGAUCAGGAGCACGACUUCCCGAGUACGGUCAAUGACAAGGCCGUGUCACACAUUAAGAUCACCAUUAUUCCCGACGGCGGGGUUAAGAGACUGCGCGUCUUCGGUAAAAGGGCAUAAGCUGUGACGAAGCUCUGGGUUUCAGCGUUCAGUGUCGGCGAUGUCCAUAGGAUACUCUCCAACGCGAGGGAGGAACACUUAGCAAAUAACAAAAAGCA